AUGAAUAUUCAAAGAACUCAAAGAAUUCAAAGAACUCAACGAAGUCAACGAACUCAAAGAAUUCAACGAGCUCAACGAACUCAAAGAAUUCGACGAGCUCAACGAACUCAAAGAAUUCGACGAAUUCAACGAACUCAACAUGAUGUAAACCUAUCCAUCCAUACCACCAUUGCCGUUCAACGAUAUAAUGAAUUAGUUGAAAGUGGAAAUCCAUUUGAUGGAUUACAGUGUUCAGAUAUCCAACUACAAAACACUGAUUUUCAAACUGAGUGA